AUGUUAAUGCCCGAUGACUUUAAAGCCUACAGUAAGAUUAAGGUGGACAAUCAUCUAUUCAACAACUUCACAGGGAUCAGCUUUGCAGAGUGGGAGGUGAUUGGGAAGUUUGUCUCUCCUGGCACGUCCACCAUGCAGGAUCUGCUCUCCCCCUUCUCCUCCAGAGAAGAUCUGAGCUCCCCACCUGUCACUGCCUGGAUUUCUCAUUGAGAAGGAGCUGCCAAAUUCUCCCACUGUGUCCAAGCAGGACCAACCUCUGCUUCUCUCCCUGGGCAGGUUCAGGGCUGUGGGAAGAGCAGAUGCAGCUCCCUCAGUGACAGGGAAUGCUGUCAUUGUCCCCUGUCCUGUGCCUGGGGGCAGCAGAGCCAGGCUGGAGCUGAUCCCCCCUCUCCUGGGUGCUGUGGCUGAGCUGGUCUGUGGGGCCUUGACCCUUCUGGUGCUGUGAUGGGAGCUGAAGCCAGAGCCCAGCCCUCUGCUCCUGCAGCUCUGCCUGGUGUGCAGGGACAGUGUGUGCGGUGACAGUGGUGACAGCGUGUGCAGGGACAGCUGUGUGGCUGCAUGUGGGGGGACAGUUGUGUGCCAGUGUGCCAAAGCCACCGAGGAGGGCACAAGCAGGAUGGCUCCCUCAGAGUGGCCUGUGGCAGGGUUGCCCUGGCAGCCACACAAGCUCCACGCUCCCAUCCCAUCCCUGUUAGCCAGGAUCCUGCAGAGUUCCCUGGGAGAGAUGGGUUUUGUGGGCAUCCCAAGCAAGGAGCUGCCCUGCCAAGGGCACAGCAGGGCUGGAGUGUCCUGGGAGGCUGGCAGGGAGGGGGAGCCAGCGUGGCAUUGGGUGGCACUGCUGACAUCUCUGCCCUGCCCUAGGGAGAACCUGCCCAGCCGCUUCAAAUUCAAGGAGUAUUGUCCCCUGGUGUUCCGGAACCUCCGGGAGAGAUUUGGGAUCGAUGACCAGGACUACCAGAACUCGGUGACACGCAGUGCCCCGGUGAACAGCGACAGCCAGGGCCGCUGCGGCGCGCGCUUCCUCACCACCUACGACAGGAGGUUCGUCAUCAAGGCCGUGUCCAGCGAGGACGUGGCAGAGAUGCACAACAUCCUCAAGAAGUACCACCAGUUCAUCGUGGAGUGCCAUGGGAACACGCUCCUGCCCCAGUUCCUGGGCAUGUACCGGCUCACCGUGGACGGCGUGGAGACCUACAUGGUGGUCACCAGAAAUGUCUUCAGCCACAGGCUGACCGUGCACAGGAAGUACGACCUGAAGGGCUCAACAGUAUCCAGGGAAGCAAGUGACAAAGAGAAGGCCAAGGAUCUCCCAACCUUCAAGGACAAUGACUUCUUGAAUGAGGGUCAGAAGCUGCAUGUUGGAGAAGAGAGUAAAAAGAACUUCCUUGAGAAGCUGAAGCGGGAUGUGGAGUUUUUAGCCCAGCUGAAGAUCAUGGAUUACAGCCUGCUGGUGGGCAUCCACGACGUGGACCGGGCCGAGCAGGAGGAGAUGGAAGUGGAGGAGCGGGCAGAGGAUGAGGAGUGUGAGAAUGAUGGGCUGGGGGGGAACCCCAUCUCCUCCUACGGGACCCCCCCUGACAGCCCCGGCAACCUCCUCAACUACCCCCGGUUCUUUGGGCCCGGGGAGUUCGACCCCUCCGUGGAUGUGUACGCCAUGAAGAGCCACGACAGUGCCCCCAGGAAGGAGGUUUAUUUCAUGGCCAUCAUCGACAUCCUCACACCCUACGACACCAAGAAGAAAGCUGCACACGCUGCCAAGACAGUGAAACAUGGGGCCGGGGCUGAGAUCUCCACGGUGAACCCCGAGCAGUACUCGAAGCGCUUCAAUGAGUUCAUCUCCAGCAUCCUGACAUAGGGGCACAUCCUGCUGCAGGGCUGCAGGCAGGCCUGGGGGCUGCUCCUGCAGCCUGGGACAGCACAGACAUGCAGCAGCACCGGAGCACACCUGUGGCACCGUGUGGGGCACGUGUGGCACCGUGUGACAAAACCCAUCCUCAUCCUCGCUGCGCCUGCUGCACCUCUGGGUUUGGCGUUCCAGAAGUGCCCAGAUCUCAGAUUUGAGGGCUUUUCCAAACAAGCCAAGUGCAUUGUUCCAGCACUGCUCUUUCUGCCCAGUGACAUUUUCUCCUCUCUGCUGAGGGGCUGGGACAUGUGUGGCACUGUCCCCGAGGGGUCACAUUCAGCAGUGCCUGACUCACAAACCACUCCUUGUUUUUUGUGUUGUUGUUGUUGUUGUUUUAUUGGACUGGCUUGGCCAGAAAAAGAAAAAAAAAAAAAACAACCUUUAUUUCCCUCUCGGUAGGAAUUGGAAGGAAAAUAGCUCACCAUUUCAAGGAUGGAAAAUAUAACUCUGAUAAAAAGGAGGAGUCGCUGAACUUUAGGUAAAUUCAGACUGGGACACUUUAUAUUUUUUCGGUUAAUUUAAGUAACAAAAAAGAAAAGGAAAAAAAAAACAAACCACUUUUUAGUAACUGCACUUGAUUUACAAGAAAGAUGAGGGAAAUGAACAUCUACCAAAGAUGAUGUCUGGAAAAAAAAAAAAGGUGUAACUCCUAAAAGCUAAAAACAAGCAGAGAACUGAGAGAGGCAUUGACCAACCUCAGCUCAUUAUGUGCUUGGACCUGGGGCGAUUUUAAUUGGCCAGCUCUGAAGAUUUCCUUAAAAGAAGAGAAAAAAAAAAAAAAAAAGAUUUUUAAAAAGGCAUUUUUGUACCUGUAGAUCCAGGCUAAGAUUUUGGGCCACUUCCUCAGCCAGGAAUGGCUCUGAGGUCACCAUCACAAUCCUGCCAGUGUUAAUUAGCUAAUUAAUUAUUCAGUCUUCCUUCCCCACCUCACCUGCAACAGGUACUUGAAUCUGUGUCCUGACAGAGGUUGCUGGGUUGGUUUUUUUGUGUUUUAUUUUUAAAAAAUGUGACUUGCACAGAAGGAAUUGGCCUGGCUGCCAGGGGGGAGUGCUGGGAGCUGGGCUCAUCCUGCUCCCAACCCCCUGAGCGACCCUCCAGGAGUGGAAAUGGUUGAACUCUCACACCAGAUUUCUUUUGCAGCCCCCCCUGAAGGAUUUUGGGACUGAUUGGAGUGACUGAAAUCGUCCUGUUUUGUCUCCUUUAACCCUUUCACAGCCAAGCUCGGCAGCCUUGCUGUGGGUUUCGUAAGCUCUGCUGCACAACAGAACUUUUGGUUCUUUGUUUUGGGAUUUGUUGUUUGUUUUUUUUUUUUUAAUUUUAAUUUCCUUUCUCUUUUUAAGCAGGAUUUAGAGUCUUGAACAAACCUCUUUGCAGUUGAAACAUGUUGCUUAAUCUGCCUUGGAACUGUUUUUCACACAUGCCUUUGUUUGGGGAAUAAGCUGUUGGGAGUGUCUGUCCUGUGCUGUAACAGUUCUUGCUGUGUGGAAUUUUGGUCCUUUUUGAGACAUAACUGGUGCUCAUCACACCCUAGUAAUUCCCCUAAAUUAACCCUGCCUCUGGCUGGAUUCUGAAUGUGGGGUUUGGGGGAUUUUUUUGGUUUUAUUUCCUCUUCACCCCCUCCCCAUUUCCCCUCCCUGAUGUGAAUCCCCCCCACAGGUCUCACCUUGGCAGGGGCUGAAAUUGAAGCCCCUGAGGGUGCACUGUAAAUAGAAUUUUGGAGAAAUUAAAAAUUAGGGGUCCUGAUGGGAUUUGAGGAUUUUUGGUCCUUCCCUUUGGCGUGGCACAAAUUUCUGCUGCCCCUUUGGUGUGGGAGGCUGGAGGGAUUUUAAGCUGUGGAGCUGGAAAAGCCACGACCCAAAUGCAGCUAAAAAAUACUUUAAAAGAAAAAAAAAAGGAGGAUUUAGAGGGCAUCAUCAGCUUCAUUUUGUGGGCAUUAUAUUGGUUGCUUCUCUCUUAGUAAGCACUUAAGUUUACUGCUAAUUAGGAAUUAAACACCAAUCACUUUUUAUUCCUGACAGUUAAAAAAACAAAAAAUUGCAUUGAAUCUGCAACUUUGACCUGGUAAGUUUACCCUUCUCCUUUUGGGGAAAGUAGCUUGGAAGUUGUUUUAUCUUUAAAUCAUCUAUUAAAAAAAAACCAAACAUAAAUAAAUAAAGAGGAGAAAAAGGGAAGAGGAAGAGAGCAGGAGGUGGGUGAACACCAUAGAGCAAACCCAGAGAAAGGGGAGUGAAGAUGGCAAAAAAAUCUCCUUUAUUGAAUUCCAGAAUAAUGAAUAAGGAAUCCAAUCAAAAACCAGAGAAUUCCUGCAGAAAUCCUUACAGAGUUCUGACAAAAAUUGAGAACAGGAAAUAUUUUCUUAUUCCAAACUCCUGCUGGGAUUAAAUUUGGCUGUUCCAGGUGAAUCUGGGGAGGUCCCACAAAGAUUCUGCCCCUUCUGUCCAGUUGCCAUAUUGUGUAUUGAAGUGAUUAAAUGCAAUUUUCUCACCUAAUGAUGUAUUACCCAGGUAUGUAACUUUGUUUAACAGAAGCAUUUUUGUAUAUUGUUUACAUUUGCAGAAGUAGCAUUACCUUAAAAAUGCUAAAUUUUGUUUCUAGACAGUAUUUUUUAUUAUCAGAACAAGAAGUGAAGCUGCAAAUAUUUUGAUUUGUUUUUAAAAGGGACUUUUUCUUUCUGUUUGUUUUCUUUUCUUUUUGCUUUGCUUUGUUUUGUUUUGUAGGGUUUUUCUUUUUCUUUUAAAUCUUGUUUUAGGUCACUUUUUAACUUAAGUAUUUAAAAAACAAAAAAAAAAAAAAAAAGGAAAACCCAGCCCUUUCAAUUCUGGUUUUACAACUGCUUGUGCUAGUUUGUUGUCUGGUUUUGGUGUGGAUUUAAUUCUAGCUUUUGCUGAAUGUAGAUAUCCCUGUCCUUAGCAUGAACCCUGCAGAACACAUUUAACUGACAGAAUUUGCAGCAGAAUUCAGGAUUUUUUUUUGGCCAAAAAAAAAGCAAAAUUUGGUCCAGUGGAGCUCCAAAUAAUCAAUGAGCAGCAUCUCCCCCUCUGCAGUGCCUGAGACAGGAGGAGCUGCAGGACCCACAUUCCUGAGGGAUUUAAAACCCCCAAAAUCUGCUUUGAGCUGGGAAUUCCCACCUUCCCUGUUGGGACAGCCCCGAAAUCAGAGUGGGAGAGGGGAGGCAGAGCCAGCUGUGCUCCAGGAGUGCAAUAAAUGCACUGCAGAGCUGCUGGGCUGGGAGCUGGGCUGGGAACUGGGGGUUCCCCAGGGCUGGGAUUUGGGGAACAGCCCCAGGAGCCGUGGGAGCCUUCCCUUGGUCCCUCCUCACCCCUGCCUGGCCCAGGCUCCAUCCUGAGCCACAAUCAUGGAAUAAAUGGGGAAUUUACCCCAUGGAAUUAAUUGGGAAUUCACAGGGAGUGAAUUCCAUGGGGAUGGAGUUCAUCCUGUGGGGACAAAAUUUACCCCCAUGGGGACAGAAUUCACCAUGUGUGGUUGGAAUUCCUUCUGUGGGGAUGGAAUUAAUCCCGUGGGGAAAGAAUUCAUCCUAUGGGGGUGGAAUUCAUCCUGCUGGGAUGGAAUUUAUCCCAUGGGCAUGGAAUUCACCCCACUGAGGACAGAGUUCACCCCGUGGGGCAGCAGGGGGCGGCCACACUCCCACAGUCCCAGCUUGGAAUCUGGAUCAGCACAAUCAGCAAGGAAAUCGGAACCACUUUUGAGUCUUAUUUCCUUUUUUUGUUUUUUGGGGGUUUGUUUGUUUGUUUGGGUUGUUUUUUGGGGGGUUUUUUUGAGUUUUUUGUUUGUUUGGAUGGGUUUUUGUUUGUUUUUUGUUAUUGUUAUUGGUAUUUUGGGUGGAAAUCCCUGCUUUCCCAGCCAGGCCAGGCUCAGGGAGGUGAGGAGGUUGUGGUGGUGGAUAUUCCCAAUCCAUGACUACUAUGCAGUCCUUUCCCAGGCCUCCCUUCCAGCUGCACCUGGAAUUUCACCCCCAGCUGAAGGAUUUUCCCCCAAAACCAGGGGGGUGUCCCCAGCAUGGCCACAGCCCCGAAUUCCCAAAUGUCCCCUUCCUGCAGAGCCACUCCCAGUGUCCCCCUCAGCCCCUGCUCCUUGUCCUGGCUCUGUGGUAUGGAUCCCAUGGAUAACUGGGAUGGCAGAGCUGUGGACACAUCGUUUUUAGUGGAAACCACUCAAAAUUUCUGCUGCUCUGGGGCUGCCCAAGCAGCUGGACGGGAGUGGAGAGAGCAGAUUCCACACACAGGUCAUGAGGGUGGGCAGGGCUAAUCAGUGCAACUGAAUUGAAAAGAAAAAAUGUGAAUAAAUUAAGUUUAAUCUAAAAACUAAACAAAAUAAAAACCUUAAAAAAACUUAAAAAAAAUUAAAAAGUAAAAAAAAGAACAUUCUAGGUUUUUUCACUGCUGUUUUUUAAAUAGGAAUUUGAAGUCCUCUGUGCUUGUCUGUUUGCUAGGAGCAGUUUGAGACACUGUUACUGUUUUGAAAUGCAUGCAUGUUACAAGAUGAGUCUCCAACCAGAGAAAAAAAAAAAAAGAAAUAAAAUUAAAACUUUGUGUACA